GUUUCCGGCACCGGGCGUUGACCCAAGCCUAGCCUUUCGUCUCAAGAUGCCCUACAACAUGGGGCUUGUUUCUUGAUUUCACCACCAUGGCCUCACUGCAUGUCUCACCUAUUUCUCUUUCUGCGCGGCUCAAGUUUUUGACUGAUAUCUUCAAGACCCGUGAUAAUGGAAGGACAAUUUUCAGCGCACUCUUAGUCUUGGUUCUAGGGGCCUAUUAUAUCUCCAAGAAGAAGCAACAGGGGAAAUUCAUAUCGAAUCUCUCAGAAGUGGGAAGCGUUAGCGGGCGAACCAGACUUGAGGAUGAAUUCGAUAUCAUUGUCGUUGGUGGAGGAACUUCCGGAUGUGCAUUGGCGGUACGUUUAAGUGAAGAUUCCUCCAUCAGAGUCCUUUUGCUGGAAGCGGGGGGCAGUGGACGAGCUCUUCCGUUCAGCCGUAUGCCCGCUGGAUCUGGUCGUUUAUUCCGUUCAAAUCACGUAUUUCCCCUAUACACUGUUCCACAAGUGUUUGCGAAGGAUAAGAAGAUCUUUUGGCCGCGUGCUAAACUGCUUGGUGGAUGUUCCUCUAUCAACGCUCAAAUGGCUCAGUACGGUGCUCCUGAGGAUUACGAUGAAUGGGCGCGUCAUAUCGGGGACGAUUCUUGGUCGUGGAAACACUUCCAGAAGUACUUCCGCAAAUUUGAGAAAUAUAUUCCUGACGCGCGAUAUCCCGAAGUGGACGCGUCUGUCAGGGGGAAUAGUGGGCCUGUCCGCGUUGGAUACUUCAAUACUGUGUCCAAGACUGCAAAAGCAUUUGUUGAAUCGUGUAUCAGGACGGGUAUUCCCUUUACGCCUGACUUUAAUGGCCCGAAAGGAACUUUGGGAACAAACAGGAUAAUGACGUAUGUUGACCAAAAUUACGAGCGGGUAUCUUCCGAAUCUGCCUAUCUCACUCCUGAUGUCCUUGCACGACCCAAUCUGAAAGUCGCUGUCAAUGCAACUGCAACUCGAAUCCUGUUUGAGAAUGUGGAUGGUGAGAUCCGCGCAGUUGGGGUCGAGUAUGCGAGUUCCGCUCUCGGGACAAGAUACUGUUCUCGAGCUAGAAGGGAAGUCAUAUUGUCCGCUGGUGCUGUUCAUUCUCCACACAUUCUUUUACUCUCGGGAGUCGGCCCAGCCGAACAGCUGAAAGCACACAGUAUACCUGUCGUGAAAGACCUUCCUGGUGUGGGAGCUAACCUCGUAGAUCAUUGUGUAUUUGACAUUGGUUUCAAGGACAAGCACAACGAUUUCCCGCUAAUCGUGAAAGCAAAAGGUCCCCUGGAUGUCCUAAAGAUUAUAAGUUCCAUGAUACAGUACAGCGUGCUUGGUAUCGGAGGUCCGUUGGCGAUGAAUUUUGGUGAAUACGCUGCGUUCGUACGGUCGGAUGAUCCUACUCUCUUCCCACCUGUGGAGUUCCCAAAGCAGUUGGAGGAUAGUACUUCCAGCGAGAAUAGUCCUGACCUUGAAAUUUUUACAACUCCAUUCGCAUACAAGGACCAUGGGGCCACACUUUUUGAUGUUUUUACCCGAGCAUUGCAUGUUUAUCUUUUGCGGCCGAAUAGUCGAGGAACCAUAACCCUCAAAUCAGCUAACGCCUUCGAUUUCCCCAUCAUUAAUCCCAACUAUUUGCAGUCUUCUGAUGACGUAGAAAAACUCAUGCGUGGAGUGAAGCUUUGCCUUCGGAUCGCGCAGCAAGAGCCCCUGCGGAGUUACAUUGACUACUCGAGCGGGCGUUCGGACCUGGAUCAAGAGUUGCAUCGAAAGUCUGACGAGGAGCUUCGGGAAUUGGUCCGAGAGCGCGUUGAAACGGUAUACCAUCCGACGAGUACAUGCCGAAUGGCGCCUAUGGAUCAGGACGGAGUGGUGGAUUCGGAUUUGAGGGUAUACGGAAUUAAGGGAUUAAGAGUAUGCGAUGCUUCGUUCUUCCCGUGGAUUGUUUCUGGACAUACGGUGAGUACGAUUCUCCGAGAUACCGCUUUCUCACAUGAAUUUCUUUAGGCUGGUGCUUGUUUUGCGGCAGCGGAAAAGCUUGCAGAUCUCAUCAAGACUGGACUGUGAUUCUUUUUCUGUUCAUACUUAUAGUCUGUCGAUGAAUUCAACUGCUGUUCCAGUUGCUGCUUGAACUGCAACGCGUUUCAACACUCGACUGUUACAAGCUUCAGGGUUCAUUCGACUGAUCCACUGACACAUCGCUGGCAUGAUACUUUUGUUGGUGGAAGAUGCUGCCACUUGCACCUUUCAGUAUCUGUCAAGGCAAUGGUGCUGCUACGGAGGAGUCUGGAGAAUAACUUACUGAACUUUGGGACUUGAUCAUGCGAGUCAGAGAACGGAGAACGAAACUUAUCGUCCAUCGGAAAUUAGUGUAAUGACUCUGACUUUACUUGCAUCGCACUCGUGACCGCGAAAUCCUAAGGUUCCGCUUU